AUGGAGAAACUCGACAAUGCGGUGAAAGUAGUAGUUGAGACAUUUCGAAAGAUUAAUAUGGAUGUUCCGCCAAAAUUCAAAGAAUCUUUCGGGGAAAUAGAGAAGCUCAACAAGCAAACCGACAAAAAAUUGAGCGCGAAUCAAAAGUUGAAAGUGGAAUUUAUCGCGAAUUAUGAGAAAUUGUCGCCAGAGCUGAAAUGCAAGGGAUAUGAAGCUGUUAAGACCUCCGAACUGGAAAUCGUGGAUCUAUUCACCAAACGAAUGGUGCUCUACGAAGAACUGCAUAAAAAGCUGGCCACUGCGUUUGCCGACGUUCUAGAAUGCUACGAGAAGAAUAAAAAUACACUGGGUCCCAUUGCUGAAAGCGUCAGAAAUUCUGAAAUUACUCCAUCUUCUGCCACGUCAUCAGGAAAUCCAGAAAAAGGGAAACGUGGCAGGAAGAAGAAGAUGGUGAAGGAGAUUAAACAGGAGCCGUUGGAUAAUGGCGAGGAGCUUGGAGAUGUAAAAGAGGAAAAUGGGGAAAAUGAGGAAGAAGAAGAGGAGCAGGAAAAACACUAUUGUUGGUGUCAAUUGGAAAAAGAAGAUCAAAUGGUUGAAUGCGAGAACAAGCGUUGCCCGUUGGAAUGGUUUCACUUCAGUUGUAUUCAAAUGGUCACAGCGCCCGUCGGCGAUUGGUACUGUUCAAUUGAGUGUCGGAACGAGGAUCAGGACGAAAAACGGAAGAGUGGAACAAAAAUUACGCCUGCAGAGGUUGGAACGAUGGGUGGGCUCGGUGCCAGCUCGAUGACAACGACACCGUCGACAGCGAAACGAGGACCGAAGAAGAGGAAAUAA